ACUUGCCUAAUUUAAAAGUGUGUUUUUCUGACCUUAGGCUUUUAGCCCAGCUGCCAAGAGCAAAUGUUGUUCUCUUGCGAUACCUUUUUGGAGUGCUAUACAACAUUGAGCAACAUUCGUCAUCCAAUCAGAUGAAAGCUUAUAAUUUAUCCGUUUGUAUAGCCCCAUGCGUUCUUUACCCACCUGAUUCCGAAAGCUUGGAAUUGGAAGACAACAUGAUAAAAAAGAUAUGUCUUGUACAAUUUCUCAUUGAAAAUUGCCUCAGGAUAUUUGGAGAAGACAUCACUUCCCUCUUGGGCGAGAACUCAAUGAGUCGUGGUAACAGCGAGAAGGCUGCAGACUCCGGUCGGAAGACUGUGAAAAGCCAUUUUUUCAGAGACAGGGCCUUUUGGUGGGGCUCCGGCACUUCCCAGCACACCCAGUGCACAGCCCCACCUUCCGCAAAGCCAGGACAGCUCUUUGGAGUUUCCCUCAUGGAUGUGUGUGAUAAAGACAACUUGCCCUUCCCAAUUCUGGGUAUGCUUUCCUUUAUUAAUGAAAAAGGGCCCCUCACAGAAGGCAUAUUCAGAAACUCAGCCAAUAUAAAAUCCUGCCAUGUCCUAAAGGAAAAACUGAAUUCUGGGGUCAAAGUGAACCCAUACAGCGAAUCUGUUCAUGUGGUCGCAUCCGUCUUAAAGGAUUUUCUUAGAAAUAUCCACGGAAGUAUAUUUUUAUCUGACCUCUAUGACAAAUGGCUCGGUGUUAUUGAUCAAGGCAACAAAGAGGAGAAGAUAACUGCAGCCCAGAGGUAAUGAUGCCAU